GCUUUCCGCGCUGCUCGAGAGCAACCCCAGGAGGCGGGCGGCGCACGGCCUAGUGCCUGGGAGCUGCCCUGGCUGAGGGCUCGGCGGCCACUCAGCAGAGGGGCGGCCUGAAGCAGCCCCUGUGCCCCAAGGCCCCGCGGGGCCUCCCCCGACCCGCAGCCCGUGAGGCGCGGCCCCGGCCCGGCGGCUCGGGCGCAGGCGCGGCGGCGGCAGCGCCUCAGUGCUCGGCGGGGCCGCGUUGUCCCGGGGCGGGGGAGCUGCUGCGGGCGGCAGGAGGGGAGCGGGGGCAGCCCAGAGGUCCCCGGGCAGAGCCCCCCGGCGUCUGCUCGCUUCGCUUCGCGGAGGCUGCAGCUCGGCGCUUCCAGCAGCCGGGCGGGCGCCGAGAGCUGCGGCUGGAGCGGGCGGGCGGGACUCCGCCGUGCGCUCUGCGCCCCCGAGCGCUGCAGCUGGUGGUGGCCGGGCUGAGCGAGCAGGCCUGCUCUGCCGCCAAGUAUCCGCAAAAGUCUUGCUUACCUUUCGCGGCUGCGAAUCGAGAGCUCUCUGAGACACGAUGUCUUCUGAAAGCGAGAGCCAACCACAGACGUUGAGCAAACCAGCAUUUGGUGAAAAGGAAGCAACAGAAUUGGUUGACAGGGUGUUUGGAUUAAAGGUGUCCUGGAUCAGGCCUCUCCCCAGCUAUGAUGAUCAGAAUUUCCAUGUGCGUGUCUUAAGAAGCAAAGGUGAGGCUGAAGGUGCAGACGAAUAUGUCCUUAAAAUCACCAAUUCGGAAGACAGCCAGGAGCCUGACCUCAUUGAAGCACAGACACAGGCCAUGAUAUUUCUCAGUGCUGAAGGCUUUCCUUCAGCUACACCUUACCUUACAAAAGAUGGUAACAUCAUGUCUCUGGAGCCAAGAGGUAGCGAGCCUGACAACAAAAAGUACAUGGUCAGGCUGCUGACUUACCUGCCGGGUACACCAGUAGCAAAAGUUGCUGCAGAACUUGCUACAAAUCCUCAGAUUUUCUAUGAGAUUGGUAAACUAGCUGCCAGUUUGGAUAAAGCUCUCACAGAGAAAUUCCAUCAUCCAUCAGUGAAAAGUCUGCAUCGAGGCCAGUUCAUUUGGAACCUGGCAAACGUCCCUCUUCUAGAUCGGUACAUUUAUGCCCUGGGCCAGAACCAGUAUCGUGAAGUUGUGGAACAAGUUAUUGAGCAAUUUAAAGAGAAAGUCAUACCCAAACUAAGCAGUUUUCGAGCCUGUAUCAAUCACGGAGAUCUCAAUGACCAUAAUAUUCUGGUGGACUGCACCUCUCCCUCCCAGGGGGCUCCUCAGUACAGGGUGUCCGGCAUCCUGGACUUCAGCGACAUGAGCUACGGCUACUACGUGUUUGAGGUGGCGAUAGCCAUGAUGUACGCCAUGAUCGAGAGCGCGGACCCGCUGCGGGUCGGGGGCCACGUCCUGGCCGGCUUCGAGCGGGUGGUGCCGCUGACGGCGGCGGAGCGGGGCGCCCUCUUCCUCCUGGUGUGCGGCCGCUUCGCGCAGUCCCUCGUCAUCGCGGCCCACACGGCGCUGGCCUACCCGCACAACCGCGACUACCUGCUGGUCACGGCGCGCACCGGCUGGCGGCACCUGGCGCGGAUGGCCGAGGCGGGGCAGGCCGCCGUCGAGCAGCUCUGGUUUGACACCGCCCGCGCCUACGGGCCCCGGGGGGACGCCGACUGAGGCGCCCCCGGCCCCGCCGUGCAGGCCCGCUCGCCGCCCGCCCGCCCGCAGCUCCGCGCCGGCACCAUGUCUCGAAGAUACGACUCCAGAACUACCAUUUUCUCUCCAGAAG